AUGCCUACAACGUUCAUUGAAAAUACGAACAAACCGAGGGAAGUAGUUAAGGUAAAAGAAGCCAUUGAAAAAGAUACUGAAUCUGUUGAUGAUCGUGAUAUUGAUGAUUAUAUAGGUACGUUUUUGGAUAUAUCUAACGAUGCCAAAAAAAAUGAUAAAGAGGAAAAAAGUAUGUCCUUGCUUGAAGGAUUGAAGACUUUUCCGAAAGCCGCCGCUUGGUCUAUUGUCCUUUCCUCUAGCAUUAUUAUGGAGGGGUACGAUACCACCUUGAUUGCCUCCUUCUUUGGAUUUCCAGCCUUCAAAGAAAAGUAUGGAAAGUACUCAAAUGGAAGUUAUGAAAUUCCUACUCGAUGGCAGACUGGUCUUCAAGUAUCGAUUAACGUUGGUGAAAUAAUUGGCCUUUUCAUGGCUGGUAUUAUUGCAGACAGGAUAGGGUACAGGUAUACUUUAAUCGGUUCUUUGGUGUUAGUAAUAGGUUUCAUAUUUAUUCCUUUUUUCGCUAAAGAUAUUGAAAUGCUUCUUGCAGGGGAGAUAUUACUUGGUGUCCCUUGGGGUGCUUUCCAGACCCUUUCCAUUUCCUACUCUUCGGAAGUGUGUCCGCUAGUAUUACGACCUUAUUUAACAACUUACGUGAAUAUUUGUUGGAGUAUUGGUCAAUUAAUUGCAUCAGGUGUCCUUCGAGGGUUUGUAUCCAAUGAAACAUCUCUUUCCUACCGUGUACCAUUUGCUAUUCAGUGGGUAUGGCCAAUACCAAUAAUAGUAGGAAUAUUUUUAGCACCUGAGUCUCCUUGGUGGUUAGCUAAGAAAGACAAGAUCCAGCAAGCGGAAGUCUCAAUUGGUAGAUUAAUAAGUGAAAACAAGAACGUUCCAUCUCGAGGCGUCCUUUCCAAAGCGAUACUCCACAAGAUUCAAAUGACUAUCAACGAGGAACUGGGAAAAACCGAAAAUCCUUCUUACUGGGAAUGCUUUAAAGGAGUAGAUUUUCGCCGUACAAGGGUCGCUUGCAUUGUUUGGAUUAUUCAGAACAUAUGUGGUACUUCGCUUAUGGGGUAUGCAUCAUAUUUUUUUAUCCAAGCUGGUAUGUCCACAGACAUGUCAUUCACAUUUACCAUCAUUAUGUAUGUGAUUGGCAUCUUGGGAACUCUAUUGUCUUGGACUAUUACCAGCCACUGUGGUCGUUCAAAAAUUUAUUUUUAUGGUCUUUGUUUCAUGGCUGUCCUUCUUCUUAUUAUUGGAGGUCUUGGUUGUUCCUCGCAAAAAGAUGUUUCUUGGGCAAUCGGGGCACUUCUAAUUGUGUUUGCUUUCACCUACAACUCCUCCCUUGGCCCCCUUGUCUAUUGCAUUGUUACUGAGUUGCCAUCAGUCCGUCUCCGUACAAAAACAAUCAUUAUUGCUAGGAAUUUAUACAAUAUAGCAGGUAUAGUGGUCCAAGUGAUUACUCCUUACAUGCUUAAUCCUACUGCGUGGAAUUGGAAGGCUAAGUCGGGAUUUCUUUGGGCUGGAUUUUGUAUAAUUGGUGCAGUUUGGUCAUUCUUUGAAUUACCUGAGACAAAAGGUAGAACUUUUGCAGAGCUCGAUAUCUUAUUUAAAAAUAAUACUCCAACAAGACGCUUUAAGACAACAGAAGUUGACGUGUUUGAUUCCGGGAAAUUUAUGGAGAGAAUAGGUGAAGAUGGAAUUAGGGAUUUUGUGAAGAAGAAUGAAAGAUCUGAGCUUGUAUAG